AUGAACCAACAAGGUCAAGUAAUUGUCAGAUUAGCUUGUUCAAAAUCUAGAGUCGCGCCAAUUAAAGAGGUAACCAUACCUAAAUUAGAACGGUGUGGAGCACAACUACUUUCUAGAUUAUACAAAGAAGCACUUCCUGCGCUUAAUUUUACUUGUAAUAAAAUAGUCUUUUGGUCAGAUUCAACUAUUGUCUUACAAUGGCUCAAACGCUCGCCCCACACUCUCAAAGUCUUUGAAUCAAAUCGAGUUUCUGUAACACAAUCUCUUGGGAAUGAUGUAGAAUGGCGACAUAUUAGAACUAAUGAUAAUCCUGCUGACUCUUUAUCUCGAGGUCAAUUACCGUCCGAUUUUCUUAAAAACAAAACGUGGUUUGAGGGUCCUACGUGGCUUACACAAGAUCCUAAUACCUGGCCUAUUUCUAUUCAGUCUGUUCCUUCAGAACUACCAGGUUUACGAAAAAACACCUGUCUACUAGCAUCUACCAGUGACCUCUUCCAACGCUUUUCAUCGUAUGCAACACUCAUAAAUUCUUUUUCAUUCAUUUUACGUAUGCUCAAAUCAAGUCCGUUUAAACAUAAACCGCUGAGUGUUGAAGAAAAAUCAAAAACAGAAAUUCGAAUACUUACAUUAAUUCAACAAGAACAAUUCCAUUAUGAAAUAGAACAACUUAAAGAAACUGGAGACACUAAAAAUCUAAGAUUACGUUGUCUAAAUCCUUUUAUUGAUCAAAACGGUUUGUUACGAGUAGGUAGUCGUUUAAAACACGCCCCUAUUUCAUUUUCUACAAAACAUCCCAUUUUACUGCCUUCACAUCACUAUGUUACAGACUUAAUUAUUAGAGAAACACAUAAAAAUGCAUACCACUCUGGUAUCCAAGCAACAUUAUCAAACUUACGUCAUAAAUUCUGGUUACUGGAUGGAAAAAGUCAGAUAAGGCGAGUUGUCAAAAGAUGCGUGGAAUGCAUUAGACAUCGUACUGUGAUACUUCAAGGGAAGAUGGCUGACCUACCUAGUGCCAGAGUUACAGAAUCAGCCGCGUUUUCUCACGUGGGAGUAGACUAUUUUGGACCUUUGUUCAUAAAAGAACGAAAAUUUAGAAAUCGAACUAAGGUUAAAGUCUAUGGGUGCGCUUUUAUUUGCAAGGCCACUAAGGCGGUCCAUCUUGAGAUUGCUAGUGACCUGACUACGGAUGGCUUCCUGGGAGUUUUCGGACGGUUUAUUGGUCACCAGGGGGUCCCGUCUCAUGUUCAUUCUGAUAAAGGUACCAAUUUUGUAGGCGCUAAUAACCAAUCACAAGAACCUUAUGCACUUUUUACAUCUAAAUCUCAUCAAAAUUUAGUCAAUGAUUAUGCAGUUAGAAAAAAAAUUGUUUGGAAAUUCAAUCCACCACUAUCACCGCAUUUUGGGGGCAUUUGGGAGGCGGCAGUAAAGUCUUUUAAACAUCAUUUUAAGAGGGUGGUGAAGGAUCAACUUCUGACUUUUGAAGAGUUGAAUUCCUUAACUGUACAAAUUGAAGCUAUACUUAACUCUAGACCUUUAUGCACGCUAUCUAACGAUCCAAAUGAUCCUAUCGCAUUAACACCUGCUCAUAUUUUAAUAGGGCGUCCUCUCACAAUGCUGCCUGAAUAUGAUUUUUCUAAUGUUGCAGACAAUCGUCUAAGCGUAUGGCAAUUCGUCACUAAGGCAAGACAAGACUUUUGA